AUGUCAUUCAGCUUUGGUAACACAGCUACGCCGACGUCGAACAGCGGCUCGACCCCGGCAACCUCUGCGCCCGCAUCUGGAGGUCUCUUCGGCGGCGCUGCUGCCUCCAGCGGCACUCCCAGCUUUUCCUUCGGCAACCUAGGAUCUGGAGGAGCGGCAGCUGGAUCGACCGCCAGCACACCGGCUUCAGGCGGAGGUCUCUUCGGACAGAACACUGCACAGAAACCAGCAGGCGGACUCUUUGGCGGUGGCACGCCGGCCGCUGCUGCAGGAACGCCUGGAUCGGCUGGAGGAGGUCUCUUUGGCGCCAAGCCCGCUGCCGGUGCUUCUUCGACUCCCGCAUCUGGCGGCUUGUUUGGAGGAGCCGGUGCUUCUACACCUGGCACAUCCACGCCUACUGGAGGGCUCUUUGGUGGCGGUGCCGCUGCCUCGACCGGCACACCGGCCGCAUCGUCAGGAGGUCUUUUCGGAGGAGGUGCGGCGGCGAAGCCAGCUGGAGGUCUCUUCGGCGGUGGAAACACUGCCAGUCCUGCUCCCACUGGAGGCUUGUUCGGUCAGAAUGCCGCAGCGGGCGCGUCGACCACACCCGCUCCUGCCGCAGCUGGAGGUCUGUUUGGUAACAAGGCCGCCUCAAGCACACCCGCCGGUGCUCCAGCAACCCAGGCCACUCCCGCAAAGCCUAUGUUCUCUCUAGGAGGAUCUACCACACCAGCCGGAGCUCCGCCUGCUGACAAGAAGCCAGCUACUGGAGGCUUGUUUGGAGCUGCUGCGGCGUCUGGAUCUGCUGCGGCCGGCGCCGCACCGGCUACGGCUGCUUCGACGGCCAAACCUCCCGCCAGCGGUAGCCUCUUUGGUGGUGCGGCUCAGUCCCAGGUUGCAUCUACAGCGCAGCCAGCCAGUGCCGGUGGUCUUUUCGGCGGUCAAACACCACAGCAGCCUGCUGCGGCCGGUGGUCUAUUCGGAGGCUCAAAACCUGCUGCUGCCGCCGCUCCUAGCUCCGGUGGUCUUUUCGGCCAAGGCGCUGCCACCGCUACCUCAGCACAGCCGGCUUCCACUUCUGCCGCUGCUCCCGCUGCCGGCGGUGGACUCUUUGGCGGCGCAAAGCCUGCCACUCCUACAACCUCAACACCAGCUGCGGCCCCCGCCGGUGGUCUGUUUGGCGGCAACACAUCUUCGACGCCAGCAGCUGCCACGACACAGGCUGGCGCAAGUACUGGAGGUCUGUUUGGCGGCGCGAAGCCUGCUGCACCCUCAGCCUCUACUCCCACCACCGCAGCGGCACCUUCGUCACUGUUUGGUGGUGCGGCCGCAGCUACACCUGCGAGCAAGCCUGCGAGCGGAGGACUCUUUGGAGCUACACCUGCAGCUGGCACCUCUCAGCCAGCUUCUACCCCUGCGGCGACUGCGACUACCGCCGCUACAACCACAUCAGCUGCCGCGCCCAGCACAACGGCUGCAGCUGGUGGUCUUUUCGGAGCUAAGCCAGCAGCUACCCCGGCAGCUGGAACAUCAGCUCAGAAUGGCACUACGCCCGCCACCACAUCUGCCACAACCGGCAACUCAAAUACCCUCGCUGCCUCCACCACUGGCCCCACAUCCCAGCUUCCUCGCCUGAAGAACAAGUCCAUGGACGACAUCAUUACACGGUGGGCUUCUGAUUUGUCCAAAUACCAGAAGGACUUCAAGCACUACGCCAACCAGGUCGCCGACUGGGAUCUGGGCCUGGUCGACAACGGCGAGAAGAUUCAGAAGCUCUACCUCAACACCUUCGAGGCCGAGAAGGCGAGUCACGAGAUUGAGCGCCAACUUCAAGCCGUCGAGAGCCAGCAGGAUGAGCUUGAGGACUGGCUGAACCGUUACGAGGCCGACGUCAAGGAGAUGUUCUCCCGCCAGAUGGGACAGGGCGAGACCCUUGCCGGACCCGACCAGGAGCGCGAGCGGACAUACAAGCUUGCCGAGAAGCUCACACAGAACCUUGACGAGAAGAGUAGAGACCUGUCAAAGAUGGUUAAGGAGAUCAACGACAUUUCUGGUACUCUUAGCAAGGGCACCAAGCCUGAGGAUCCCUUGAGCCAGAUUGUUCGCGUUCUCAAUGGUCAUCUCGGCCAGCUCCAAUGGAUCGACUCCAACGCCGCAUCUCUGCAGGCCAAGGUCUCAUCCGCGCAGAAGGCGAACAACAACCUGGGAAGCCAAUACGGAGCGCCGGAGAACGACGCUGCAGAGAGCUUUUACCGAUCUUACAUGGGCCGGCGUUGA